AUCUUUACCGGAAGGAAUUGGUUGGCAUUGGUAGCGUCACGGCCGGGAGGCCUAAAUUACAACAGAUCGAGUGAGUAAACGAAAGGAAAAAGAAAGACAAAAGACAGUAAAGAAAAGUGUGUUGUUUCGCUAAUAUUGAAAAAUAUCAAACACCCAGUACUACAUCGACAUACAUCCUAGCUACGUAAUAAAAUCUGAGAUCGCACGAACUCCAAAGCUUGUAGUGAUUGGAAUAGCCAAAGACAGAGAAGCUACAGUACACAAGGAGCGAGGAGCAAGAACGGAGUAAGCACAGAGAUGACCAGCUCACCUGCUCCUAGAAUGGUUCACAGCUACAAACGGACCUCCAGCCCUCGGUCUCCGACCAACACGGGAGAGCUGUUCACGCCGGCACACGAGGAGAACGUGCGUUUCAUCCAUGACACCUGGCAGUGUGUCAUGAGAGACAUCAAAUCUCCUCAGAGCAGUGAGCGCAGUGAGAGGGGACCUCAAGAGUAUGUGGAGAAGAACCCGAACCCAGCGCUGAAUUCUUUCACACCAGUUGACCUGAGUGACAUUAAGAGGCGGAACACACAGGACUCCAAGAAGUCUUAGUUGGUCAUCUUACCGAUUCAACCUUACAACCUUUACAACCUUACCCCACCUCCAUCCACCUAAUCUCCUAUUGAACUUCUAUAACAAACCUUCUACCAGCAAACCACCCAGUCUGACAGUCCCAGGGAACAAUGUGCUUUUACUCCUUGGCCUUCCAGACUGACCUGCUGCCCUAUACCCCCAGCAGUGACUUGAAUCUUUCCUGCUACUUUUUUCUGGAAGUCUCCUUCAGUUGACCCUUCUGCAUAACUACCACUCGCUGCCCAUCUUCAGGCGUAUGCUCUGGCUGACUCCUGACUGUAGCCUCUUCACUGGAAGUGAAAGGGCAAGGAGCCUGGGAUUACAUAUUCAGGGUUUUUCCCCCUUCUUCCUGUUCCUGGUUUUAUAUUCUUGGCAAAAAGAGGACUAAAGCAUGGAUCAAUUUUUAUUUCUUUUCUGAAAGACAUCAAUUGGACUGAAGCUGGAUCCAUUAGGAACGCAGCACUGACUGUGGAUGAUUAUGAAAAUCUACAAAUAGACUCAUAUUUCACCAUCUCUUUCAGGACACAUGAAGGACUACAGUCUUAAAUGCGAACUGCGAUCCAUUUACUUUUCAUCUUCAUGCAUUACCUGGAGGGGAAUGCUGAAGGGCGGAGGAUGUCGUUUUUCCUUUCCCUAUUAACAAAUUUAUCUUAACUUGAUAAAGGUAGAUAAUAAAAUGUAGAGUGGGUGGGUGGCCUAGGUUAUCAUUUUUAGAUGCAGAUGUGACCAUUUUAAUCUGAUUUUAGGCCCAAGCAAUGUUAAAUCCCAGAACAAUAGUAUGUUGCCAUAGUUCUGCAAAAUGUCAUUAUGAAACGUUUCCUUUUAAUAUUUUAAAUUUAAUGGUGUGGCACAUCUGUCAGUGCAUUGAUUCCUAUGCAGUUAUGCAAACUGGCGUUGUGAUUGUCACACUGAAAGAUGUGUUUCUUAGAGAAAGUUUCAGUUAGGUCUUUUAUAAGUUAAUGGGCAAGGUUCUGCCCCUGGCUCCAUGGUAAAUUUGACCAUUUUACUAAAGCCCCUUAGGUUCCAUUACUCUGGUACACUGGUUUAGUUUAUUCACACCACCUUGGUGAACCUCUCUCCUGCAUCAGUAGAUUUCAAGGAGGUCCUUGUAACAUGUAACAAGUUUCCCCAACCAUUUUCAAAGGAUUCCACACUAUUGGCGUUUGAGAGCUUAUUGCAGGUAUACUGGGUAACACUGAAAUUGACCCACCUUGUAAUGGUGUGUCCUGGGAUGGUUGUGAACUUCCAUUAUGAGACCCAAUUGGUGAUCUAUCUGUCUAUCUGGCAUUGCAUGAGCCAGCAACACAAUGCUUAAUGUUAGUAUUGAGGGGAAAACUGAGCUCCUUGAUCCCAUUGCAGCAGUGAUUACAACCACAUUCCCAUGUGCAGAUCUGCUCAGUGUUAAGGCAUUUCUGCAUACUGUGGAAAGGAAUUUUCUUGCAGGUUUCAACAAAACCCGAAACUUGAUCUAGUUAAAUGCCAAACUUCCUAUGGUCGAGUGACAGGAGGAGGGAUCAGAAUGUACAAUGUUGACAUGGGAAACCAAGGAGUUUGCUUUUCAAUUAUUUCUGUUACAAAUAUUAGUGAACAAAUUGUAAUGCAUACCGUUUCUCUUUUUAAACCAGUGUUAUCUACUGCUUCUCAAAACCAGGAAAGGCAGGUCCCAAAAAGAUUAAACUGAAUUGGAAAAAAAAUUGGGGAAGGGCUGUGUAAAUAAAGUUUUCUUAAGACAUG